AUUAUUGUUGUUUUUUUUCAACAAGUACAAAAAGUAUUAACAAAACAGAGUUAUCAAGAUUAUAUUGGUGAACUAUGGUGAAAAUAGCGCUUCAAAUUAAAGCAACAUUAGAAUGUGUUGAAAAGUUAUAUACAAACCAUCCGUACUAUCAGUGGUUUUUGAAAUUAAAAUGUGGAAGUUGCGGCGAGGUAUCGGAAAAGUUUCACGAUCUCACAGAAGCCGAGAAAGUUCCACAGAAACAUAACAGAUCCGAAACAAACCUGUUAAUUAAGUGCAAGUUAUGUUCCAGAGAAAACAGUAUGGAUGUUAUUGAAGGAAGCAAUGGAGUUUUCACAAGCAAUGAUGUAGGUAAAUUCAAAACAAUAGUAAUAUUUGACUGCAGAGGAGUGGAGCCCGUUGACUUUGAACCAAAAUCUGGAUGGAUUGCUGAAGCUGAAGAUGAUGGAAAAAAGUUUGAAGAUGUUGACCUCUCGGAGAAGGAAUGGGUGGAUUAUGAUGAAAAAAACCAGAACUCUGUUGGCAUUUAUGAGUUAGAGUGGCAGUUUGUUAAAGUUAAAUAA